UGUUCUCACUGCUCUCCUCGCUCCUACAGACACGACGCCUCUUCUCACGAUGACUGCAGGACUGUGUGUGUGCGUCCUUCUCGCGGUCUUGUGUACGAGCUGUUUGGGGCUCCCCGUCUCCACGCCGCCCCACGAGGAAGGACAUCGCUCUGUCUCGGAUCCAGCUGAAGCCCAUCCCGGGACCGCCAUGCACACUUUCGAAGAACCCCAUCCCAGACACAAGCGCUCCGUCUCGCACCUCAAAUCCGUCCCCGCCGACGACGAGGAAGCGGACUCCAGAGCCAACCUGAGCGAGCUGCUGGCGAGAAUAAUCUCCUCCAGAAAAGGAUCCGUGCGCAGAAACUCCACAGCCAACAGCAGAAGCAACGCUCUCAGUGCCAACCAUCGGAUAGCAGACAGGGACUACUUGGGCUGGAUGGACUUCGGCCGCCGCAGUGCAGAGGAAUACGAGUAUCCAUCAUAAGAAAGAAAAAGAAAGAAAGAAGACAAAAGGGAGAAUCGCAAAUCUAAAAUCAAGCUGGCUCUUCACUGUCUCACAAUAAAACGUUUAUUUAUGAUGUAUUUGUUGUACAUUGGUUUGUAAAACUGUAACGAUGCAAUAUACACAUAUGCCAAAUUUUGCAGGAAACUCUAACAGUUUGUUUGUUUCUAGUUUCUUUAUGAUUUCGGG